GAAAUAAUCAAAAUUCGAAGAGACCCGAAUCAAACCGACCUAAGAAACCCGAAUGGCUGAAAAAAAAUUCCAGAUUUUGAAAAUCAAAAAGGUUUCUCAAAGAACCCCCAAAAAUCCAAACUCAAUAAACCCUAAUCAAUUUUUUUUCUAUUCUUGAACAGACCUCUCUGCUUCCUCUGUACAGUCUCUGGUGCUUUUUCGUAGCUCGGUACGAAUUUUUCCAGAUUCUUCAAGCUUUCCUAAUCAGUUUCUGAGAAAGAAUGGAUCCAAUUGCUUCGGUGUUUGAGAAAGUUAAGAGCUUUGCGAAAUCGAGCCAGGAUUUAGUAUCCCGCCAUUUCGGUCCUUCUCGCCAGAACCCGAUCGAUAUCUUGAAGCGAUUACAAAGAGAAGCAUUCUCGGAUUUGAUGAAACUUAGAGAUAGACAAGAGAAAGUGGAGCGGAUCAUCUCCUCGUAUAAAUCAUCUAAAGGUGGUCCGUUUCAAGAGACUAGCACUCAUGUGAGAGGUGAGGUUGAUGUGCUUGGAGCUAUAUUGCUGAUUGGUAACACUGACGAGGAGAGUUUCGAUAGAGAAGGAGUGAGACCUGGAUUGCUUUCAAGGUUUGUGUUUGAAACGAGUCUUAGGGAGACAGAUAGGCUUGUGGCUGAGCUCGUUGCUGGAUACAAAGGGGAAGAAGGCAAUCUCAGUGAUUUCUCAGGGAGCCAGCAGUUGUCUUUAGCUAAAGUCUUCUACAGGGCAGAUAUUAAUGAUUGGUUCUCUGCUGUUGCUAUUCCUGUUGGUGCCCAUUUCAGAGAUGUUGAUGCUGAUAUAGUCUCUUCUUACCAGGGAAUGAGUCUUACAGAAGUUUCUGAACUCGGACCACCUCUUUUAAACCAACAUAAUGGUAGUGCCAUAGGGUUAACAGUCAGGAAGGCAAACAUCACAGGUUCACUGGCACAAUCCAUGUCAAACCUUGAAGCUGAACAGGGUUUAAUGGCAACGGAACGUUGUUUCAGAACCUUUGGGCAAGUAACUUGCCACAUUCGCAGAAGUUUGAAACUAUCUCUAUUCGGCUGUCACGAAAUUUUCACACCGUCUAGCAACCGCCACUCUGCUGGAGCCAUUACGCUUCCAGUAAGUUUCCUAAGGCGCCAUACUGCUGUGGAGCCUGAAUCAUCAACACCGCCUCUGGAGAUGAGCAGAAGCGUGAAUCAUGUGUCGUCUAGCUCCAUUGCUUUGAAGUUAGACUCUCUAAUGGACGAGUCUACAAAACUAGGGGGAUGGAUUGAAAUUCAGAAUUCAAGAGCAAAGCAAGUGAAAUGGUCAGUGUCUAUUACAGACAACCCAGAGGAUGAAGUGGGCUGGGGCAUGAGUGUUGGGGGAGUUGUUGAUGGUUCAAGAAAUCAUGAUCUGUUUCAGGUGGAAUCGUAUCUGAAAUUCAACAUAGGCGGUCGGUUUAGCUUAAGUCCAGGUCUUGCUUAUCACACAAACAGUAAUGGAAGAACCAUAGGUCUUAUGCUACAGUCUCACUGGUCGCUGUGAUCUCAAGGUUAUUCAUUACAUGUACAUUGAUGGUUCUAUUUACCACUGACUGCAUUUUUUAGGGUAAAAAUAAAAAGUGUCUAAUGCAGCUACCAUUUUUGUGCCUUGAUGGUAAAAGAGUCGGAAUGUUUAUUGUCUAUCGUCUCUUAUAAAAAUCUUUGUUGUCUUGUUA